CCRUGCAUAACUUCAGCGAUCAUGUACUGGGUCAUUAGCUGUGUUUCGGUCAAGAUAUUGAUCUAUAUAUUUAUGUUUUAUAAUAMAGGCUGUUGUCUAUUAUUUGCAGAUUAAAUAUGGUGUUUUUUGACCGCUUUAUGYWUUCCGUGGUGCUGAUCGAUUUAUACGGGUUAAUUUCUGACCGCCAUCCMUGGUGCUGAAYGUGUUGGCUAUAUUACUUCUCUGGUAACAGCUUCAAAUGUGCCCUUAGAUUAGGUUCUGCUCUGCUGUUACAAUGCUUAGUAAUAUUAACACACAGUCUUACCAACAAAAUUAUUUACAUUUUAAGGGAAAUAUGGGUGGUGAUAGGGGUCUGUCAUUUUUUGGGGCACUUGGGCCCAUCAUGAUKAASCUACGCAACUGGUUGGCUUCACAUCAUACCCCUCCRCUGUGGAUCAUUUCCAUAGAACUUCACAGGCCCUUUUUUACCAAUCUCUCCAUUGUGGUUUCCUAACAGAAGGUUCACAUGGAAAUCGCCCAGUUUGAGAAGAUCAGGAAGAAGUUGUCACCUGCUGGSGGCUUUGGCACCUCCUCUUUGAGUGAGGCCUCCAGAAGCCAUGGCUCCCAGUUGCAGAAGCCUGAGGAGCUGGCUCAGGCCAACAGCGAGUACAUCCAGAAAAUCCGCCAGAGGCUGGAGGAGGAUGCARCAGCUCGUCAGCAGAGGGAGAAACGCCGCCGCCGCGUCUUAGUGGAACAAAUGAAAGCCCACGAGACCCAAGAGGAGGCCCUUCGAGAGGAGCAGCUKGUGGAGCGUCUGACCCGUCAGUCCCAGCUGGAGAGACGCCUGGCCGUCCAGCUCAUGCAGCUCCGCCAGCAGAAGGACGUUCUCCGACAGAACCGAGUGUUCCGCGAGAGACAGUACCAAGAGCAACGGCUGAGGGAUUUCCAAGAGGCCUUGGAGAGGGAGGCGGCUCUAGCACGCCAGGCCAGUUUGGAUCACGCCGAGGAAACUCGGAAGGAGAUUGAGGUACAUGACAGGAUAGCGACGGAGCGCGCCMAGGCUCGCUACAGGAAGCACUCUGACAGCUGCCGAGAAAUACUGGAGCAGAUAGUGGACCUGGCCACGAAAGCUGGAGAGUACCGCCUCCUCACUGGAAAUCUUAUCCCUGGGAAGUUGAUGCGGGAAUGGAAGGAGCUCAUGUUUUGCGGGAAGCCCCUGUAUGACAGUGGCAGUCUGGAGGAGCUACCUGCCGACCCCACCCCAGAGCAGUUCAUUGAGGUUGAGAAACAGGAGAUCCUUAACAACCAGGACUAUGAUGAGUAUAUGAGCAUGACUGGUGAGUGGACCUGGCCAGAGGAUGGGGAGACAAAGCCCCCCCCAUCCAACAACAAUAUCCUGGGACAUGUGGUGCUCCGCCUGCAGACUAUUGUGAACCCCCCCAAACCAGACACCCUUCCUCCCUUCUUUCCUCGGUUCACACUGAAAGCCUGUGUSCUGGGGAAGCUUUUCUCCGGGAAGACCACAUGUUUAACCAGGAUUGCCAAAGUCCAUCACAUCCACAUCCUGUCAGCUAAUGUUCUGAUCCAGGAGGCCCUGGAUGCACAUCAGCUUGGAAAGCUUGGACGUGAGAGCACAGAGAGCUGUGAAACAUUGCCCACUAAAGACAUCGACCAGGUGGAGACGGAUACUGAGAUGGAGGAGGAGUCGUCACAGGAUUCAGGCCCACUCGCUCAGGAGCCUCAGCAGCAAGGAGCCAAGAAAAAGGCUAAGCUCUCUGUGAGGGCCCAGCAUGGAGCAGCAGUGGAAAAGUUUCUCAGGAAAGGGAGAUCCGUCCCAGACGAGCUGCUUGUGGACAUUGCAGUCGAAGCUAUCAGGGCAAUCCCAGCAGACUCAGGCUGGAUUCUGGACGGCUUCCCGGUCGAUUUAACCCAGGCCAAGCUUCUGGAGAAGGCCCUGGGAGGCUCGGACACCGGGAAGGAGAGGAAGAACAAGCGRUCCAACCUGUCUGUGGAUAGCAACGCGCCUAAGGAGCCCCCUCCUCCCUCUCCUGUGCUGGACCUAGCUCUGCUGCUUGACGUGUCUGAUGACCACGUUUUGGACAGGGCGGCCAAGCAGGCCUAUGAGGAGGAGAGGUCUGGCCCGGCCGGGGCUGGUGAGGAGAGCUGUGCCCCUGCUAGAGAGCACAAUGUUGUCAUCGCCAGGGACAAGAGCCUGGGGAAGAGACAGAUCCAGCACAGGAUCACAGCCUUCCAGGAUACCUGGCCCAAGCUGGAGAAGUGGUUCUCUGGUAAACAGAGCAUUCUGAUGAGACUGAAUGCUGAGAUGUCGGAGGACAUGCUCUUUAGAAAAGUGGAAUCCAUCCUGUACCAGGUCAUGAUACAGUCGGGAAAAGGUGAGGUCGUUGUUUUGGACAGUGGAAAGGCACCAGCGGUCUCAACUGCUCUCGUCCAGGUAACUCCGGAUGCGGUCCCAGCUCCCACUGAGUCCACCCUCACCCAGGAGGGCCUGACUCCAGCUGUGAAAUGCUCCAGCUCCAAGUCCAACUCUCGCUCCCCCAAAGGUUCACAGAGCAACAUCGAGAAGAGCACAUCCGAAGGGAAAGAUGUUCAUCGUAAGCUGUCCAAGUCUGGAUCAGGAGGAGCCGURGGGCGUUCUAGGACGUUGUCCAUAGCCUCCUCCUAUGAGAAUUCCCAUGGUGGGAACGCCAGCCCUACAGAGCCCCUUGCUCCCACCCCUGGAACUGCACACUGGGUGUACGUGGACGAGCCCCUUCCCAAGGUACAGUAG